UUCCUAACCGCCAUUAAACAACAACAAAAAGAACGACGAAGCCAAGUUGGAAGUGGUCCAUUAAAAGGUUGAUAGCGCGACCUCCUGUACUGUAGAAUGUAGUAUGGACCAUAGGACAGGACGAAGACCUCCUGUACUGUAGAAUGUAGUAUGGACCAUAGGACAGGACGUUAAGAAGCCGUGGAGGCCUAAGAUGCUCUACUAGUCUGCUGGAAAUCCAAAGAAGACGAAGGAGUAAAAAGCAAAAUGUCGUUUGACAGAGAAGGCCUAAACGUGGCCACUGGCCAUUAUUGUUUCUCUAUUUGUAUUUAGUGCAUACAUGUACGCAUAUAUGUCGUGUAGUAGAUGAAACAUUGUUUGUAUCCGGAUACAUUAGUCGGAGCGCACUUUAUCAAGUCUUAGCUUGCUACUUAGCUUAGCUUGUUAGCUGCUAACAAAGAGACGCGGACGUUAUCAACACAUCGUAUGAGGAGGAACUUUGUCCAACAAAAGAGGAGAAGGAGCGACAACAUCAACUAUGGACGCUAUUUUCAAGAAACAUCAAGUCAGACGUCCAGCAGCCCCCCACAUUAAAGAGGAAGAGGAGGAUCCACAGCCCACCCACAUUAAAGAGGAAGAGGAGGAAGAGUGUGUUGUAGGGCAGGAGGAGGAUGAUGUCAGCAAGUUUCCACUGACUGUUGUCUCUGUGAAGACUGAAGAGCAUGAAUACAAAGCACCUGAGUCCUCACAGCUUCAUCACAGUCCAAACGUCCAGCAGCCCCCCCACAUUAAAGAGGAAGAGGAGGAUCCACAGCCCCCCCACAUGAAAGAGGAAGAGGAGGGAGGGUGUCCUGUAGGGCAGGAGGAGGAUGAUGUCAGCAAGUUUCCACUGACUGUUGUCUCUGUGAAGACUGAAGAGCAUGAAGACAAAGCACCUGAGUCCUCACAGCUUCAUCACAGUCCAAAUGUCUGUAAAGAACAACUUCUGCCUGAAAAACAGGAGAGUAGCUUCAGGAUGUUGAAUGAGGAUCCACCAAAGAGGAAGACCAGGCACCACGGACCCUCUGGUGUAUUCUUUUCCUCUUUGACACAGACCCUUCCCUGUAAAAAAGAAGAGGAAGACUCACUGACCCCCCACAUUAAAGAGGAAGAGGAGGAAAACAGCAUCAGUCAGGAGGGAGAUCAUAUUGAAGGACUGGUGGAGUUCCCAGUGACUGGUGUGCCUGUGAAGAGUGAAGAUGAUGAGGUCAAAGGUGAGAGUGAGGAGAAGAGAGAGGCGGAGCCUCCAAGCAGCAGCUCAACACAACACAUGACAACAGAAGGUGAUGGAGACCACUGUGGAGGAUCACAAGCAGACAAGAUGUUAGCUCCACUAUCAGAUAGUGAGGACACAACGUCACACUCUCCUGACACUGAUGAUGAACACUCUAAAGAUGAUAAGACAUGUCACACUGACAACACUCACUUCAAAUGUUCUCACUGUCACAAAACUUUUAAAUACCAUAGUUCUCUGAAAACAAACACAAGAAGACACACUGGAGAAAAAACUUUUAUCUGUUCAAUCUGUAGUAAAGGUUUUGUAGAAAGUCACAAAUUGAAAGUACACAGGAAAACACACACUGGUGAAAAACCUUUUUCUUGUUCAAUCUGUGGUAAAGGUUAUACACAGAGUCAAAAUUUGAAAAAACACAUGAGAACACACACUGGUGAAACACCUUUUUCUUGUUCAAUCUGUGGUAAAGGUUUUACACAAAGUCAAUAUUUGAAAAUACACAUGAGAGCACACACUGGUGAAAAACCUUUUUCUUGUUCAAUCUGUGGUAAAGGUUAUACACAGAGUCAAUAUUUGAAAAAACACAUGAGAACACACACUGGUGAAACACCUUUUUCUUGUUCAAUCUGUGGUAAAGGUUUUACACUAAGUCAAGAUUUGAAAGUACACAUGAGAACACACACUGGUGAAACACCUUUUUCCUGUUCAACCUGUGGUAAAGGUUUUACACAAAGUCAAGUUUUGAAAGUACACAUGAGAACACACACUGGUGAAAAACCCUUUUCCUGUUCAACCUGUGGUAAAGGUUUUACACAAAGUCAUAAUGUGAAGGUACACAUGAGAACACACACUGGUGAAAAACCUUUUUCCUGUUCAACCUGUGGUAAAGGUUUUAUACGAAGUCAAGAUUUGAAAGUACACAUGAGAACACACACUGGUGAAAAACCUUUUUCCUGUUCAAUCUGUGGUAAAGGUUUUACAGGAAGUCAAUAUUUGAAAGUACACAUGAGAGCACACGCUGGUAAAAAACCUUUUUUCCUGUUCAACCUGUGGUAA